AUGCCUCCCCAACCAGGCUUAUUCGCACUCCCCUACUCUUCAACGCACAAAGCGCGCUCGGGGACAAAUGCAGAAGUAAUAGAGACUACCGGCACCGCUCAUCGCCAUCAGGCUGUCGCCGGACCCUCUCGCACGCACGGAUCGCAAACGGAAGACCAGAAAAGAGAGAGGAAGAAGAAGGAGAUCGUAGGCAAGCUCGGGAAGGAGAUGAGCGACAGACGCGACGACGCCGGCCGCCAUUACGCGGAGAUUAUCUCGGAGCUGCACAGCACCUCCCUCCAGCUCUCGACGCGCCCCGAGACGCUGCCCGCGUACAACCUGCGGCUGUACCCGCUCACCCUUGAGCGCUCCGCGCUGCUCGCGUCGCUUGUGCUGCAGGAGCGGCACGCGCUGGACGGCGUGCAGACUGCGUACGAGGAGGAGCGCGAGCGCGUCGAAGACGAAUGGAAGCGUGGUCGCGAACGCAUCCGCGAGCGGCUCCUCGAGGGCAUCGAGGAGCGCCGGCGGCGUGCGCGGGAGGAGAAGGAUGGCGAAGGCGCCGUCGUCGAUGUAGGGAUGGACGCGCAGUCCCGCCCGCAUAACACGCGCAAACUUCGCAAUAAACUCGGGGGAACGUCUCCGCCGCCGACGCCGCUCUCUGCGGCACCGGGGCUAGGACUGACGAACGGGACCUCUGGGUCCAACGGCAAUGGGUCUCUGACGAACGGGACGUUCCUUAACCCUCUCUCGCUCUCCGUGGACGAGCUACCUUCUCCAUUUCCUCUUCCGCUUACAGCGGCUCACCUACACCUCAAUUCUGCAUAUAAUAAUGGUGCAGGUGGUGGAACGAGUAGGCGGCGCGCGAAGGGUACGGGGAAGGACGCGCAAAUACUUGGAGGGCUCGGAAAGAGUCUGGCGAUCCUGAACACCGUAAAGGAGUCAGAGGUCGAGCAGGACCUUGGGGAGAUCAGGAGGGGGAACAAGAGGAGGAGGGUCGCGGCGACGACUCUAGCGGGUAAGGGGGGAUAG